AUGGCUUUGGCUCAACACGUUGACGCAGAGAAGAUCAUCAAUGAAUCCAGGGAUCAUCCCGUGAGGAAGCAUACUCAUGAUAGAAAAGCUACUCUCUAUGAUAUCCCCUAUACCUCUCGUUAUGAUGUCGAAGUUGACUUACCUCGUUACUCCAUCCCUGAGAGUGGUGUAAAUGCCAAGGUCUCUUAUCAACUCUUACACGAUGAGUUGCUCUUGGACGGUAAUCCCAACAUGAACCUCGCAAGUUUCGUCAACACCUGGGUACCAGACGAGUGCAACAGAUUGAUGUAUGAGAACCUCAACAAAAACCUUGUCGACCAAGAUGAGUACCCUGCUGCUCAAGCGAUUCAUGAACGAUGUAUUUCCAUGAUCUCCCACCUUUGGCACGCGCCCAAAGAUGCUACUGCUCUUGGUACAGCCACCACCGGUUCAUCCGAAGCUAUUAUGUUAGGAGGUAUGGCCUUGAAAAAGCGAUGGCAGGAAAAGAUGAAGGCUGCCGGCAAAGAUAUCCACAAUCCUGGUCCGAAUAUCGUCAUGGGCGCUGAAGCCCAAGUCGCCCUUGAGAAGUUUGCAAGAUACUUCGAAGUGGAGGCUAGAUUGGUACCGGUCCAUGAGAAGUCGGGCUAUGUGAUGGACCCGAAAGAGGCUAUCAAAUACUGUGACGAGAACACCAUUGGUAUAUUCGUCAUCAUGGGUUCCACCUAUACCGGUACUUUCGAGUCCGUCCAAGGCAUGUCCGAUGAAUUGGAUAAAUACCAAGAAGAAACCGGCAUAGAUAUUCCAAUUCACGUGGAUGCAGCCUCAGGUGGUUUCGUUGCACCUUUCGUGUACCCCCAACUUGCUUGGGAUUUCCGAAUACCCCGAGUAAACUCGAUCAACGCCUCAGGUCAUAAGUACGGUCUCGCAUCAGUCGGUCUCGGCUGGAUCAUCUGGAGAAGUGCAGACUACCUGCCUAAAGAGUUGAUUUUUGAAUUGCACUACCUCGGUCAAACGGACUACUCUUUUAACCUCAACUUCAGUCGACCAGCUUUCCCCGUGCUGAGUCAAAUGUUCCAUUUCCUCAACCUCGGGUUUUCAGGAUACAAGCGAAUCAACGAGAACAACUUAUCCAAAGCGCGACUCAUCUCCAGAGCGCUCGAAGCUUCAGGGUACUUUGUCUGUUUGUCACAAAUCCACCGACCCAAGAACCAAGGAGCUUCAAACAUCUCACCUGUAAUUACCAAAGCGGCAUCCGAUAUUAUCCAUGGUCAUGUUCCUGAGAUCGAUGACCCUACUUACUACGUCGAGGGAUUGCCAGUCGUCUCGUUCAGGUUCAGUGACGAGAUCAAAGAGAAGUACCCUAGGGUCAAACAGGAAUGGAUCCAAAGUCAAUUAAGAGCUGUUGGGUGGAUCGUACCUAAUUAUCCCCUCCCACCUGCUGAGGAAGAUACUGAGAUCCUCCGAUGUGUGGUUCGAGAAUCGCUCUCAGGUGAUCUGGCGAGAAAACUCAUUUUGGAUAUUAUCCAAGUUACCGAAGGGUUACUCAGCGGAGCCGGACCAUCGUACCACAUGUCCGUAGCUAACCGAAGACAAAGCACCACUUCCCCCGUGGAAGUCAAGAGAGGUGGAACGCUUGAUACUCAACAUAUCUCCGAACAUACUUCCACUUAUGCUAAGACCUGUUAA